CAGUCAAUAAGCAACGAGGUUGGUGUCAUGUAGGACGUUAUGGGUAUUUAAGAAAAAAUAUUGUUGUUCAUGUUAAGCUUUCAAUUCUGUUUGCUAAUCUUUUAUUUGCGCACGGUUGUUUUUGUUAUGAAUUAAAUAUUGUUCUAGUUAAAACAAGAAAAAUGACAGGUGAUUUAAAGGUUGCUGUAGUUUGUUCGAGUAACCAGAACAGAAGUAUGGAAGCUCACAAUUUUCUAAGUAAAAAAGGUUUCCGUGUUAGAUCAUUUGGUACAGGAACUCAAGUCAAGUUACCAGGUCCAUCACCAGACAAACCAAAUAAUUAUGACUUCAGUAUCACCUAUGAUGAGAUGUUUAAUGAUUUAUCUCAGAAAGAUCCAGAAUUAUAUACACAGAAUGGCAUACUUCACAUGUUAGAUAGAAAUCGGAGGAUAAAACCUCGCCCUGAGAGAUUCCAAAACUGUUUUGAAAGAUUUGAUAUUAUAGUAACAUGCGAAGAAAGAGUUUACGACCAAGUUAUAGAAGAUUUAGAGACUCGAGAAAAAAGUGGAGGACAAGCAGUACACAUAAUUAAUGUUGAUAUUCAAGAUAAUCAUGAAGAGGCAACAAUAGGAGCAUUUAUGAUUUGUGAAUUAGUGGCAAUGUUACUGAUGUCAGAAGAUUUAGAUAAUGAUGUGGAUGAAAUAGUUCAAGAAUUUGAAACUCAAACUAAAAGAACUAUUUUACACACAAUGGCAUUUUAUUAGUGUAACUAUGAAUACAGACUAAAGCUCAGGCAGAAAUCAAGUAGCCUUCCUUAGUAAAAAUAACAAGUGAUUCUAUUAUGUGAACUUUUUAAAACCUGGUUCAUGGGUGUAUAUAAAAAAAAAGAUAAAUGAAGGAUGGUUAUUGAUAAUCCAACUUGUGAUGUGAGGAAAUUAUAUUAGCGAAUAAAGCUGGUUAAUUUGAGGUGAAAUACUCUUACAAACCUUUACAUAUUUGACCUGUCAAUGAUCGUAAGCUUUAAAAAAGUGCAAACUUUCCAAUAUUGGGAUGACUCUUUAAGUCAUUGGUCACAUUUUGAUGUUUAAUCUACAUUCUUACACCUGCUUUCCUUUAUGGGAUCCUGUGAAAUCUGGCAUUGGCCCUUUAAUGUCCUUAACAAGGGGUUAUAUCAACUAGAUCAAGAAAAAAAAAAAUUCUGAAUACAUAUGAAUAUACAGUUAAAGAAUUAGGUAAUUUUUAAGGAGAUUCUAUUCAUGUAAUAUUAUUUUGUUGACGAAGUUUUACUCUUGUAUUAUUGACCACUGACUGGAUAUCAGUUGAGAGUUUAAUCCUUGAAGAUUAUUCAUAAGGAUUGAUUUAUUUAUGAUAUUCCAACAAAUAAGACAAAAGUGUAAACACUUGCCUCUUCUUUAUGUGUUACGCUGUGUUUUAAAUAAAUUGUAAAUACUGUGAAUGACGAUUACUGUUAUGUAAAUAUGUAUAGUGUUGUCAAUACUAAAAUCAUGUUUUUCAUAUUUGUUAAGUCAUCUUUGUAACCUCUUAUAUGUUUUAAUUCUUCUCUACCCAUGAGACUAACUGGGUAGUAGGCUACUAUUAAAUUUCAUAGCAAAGGGAAAAUAAUAUAAAACAACUGAUGUUUAGGAAGCAGACAUUGAUUGGCAAACUUUAUUGUGUUUACGCAUAUUGAUAAUAGAAAACGGGAGUCCUAUUGUCUGUGAUACUGAAUUGAAGAUUGCAAAUCAAAACUUUCAAUAGAUUGGAAUAUUGAUAAAAAAAAUACCUUACAUUGAUUGUGCACUUUUAUGGCCAUAUAUAUCGCUAGAAAGAGACCCUUAAUAUCACAUUUAUUGUUACAUAAUAGAAAGUUAAUAUAAGUAUAGUUAUAUUCAAGAGCAUUCACCAAAUCUAGAUAUAAAACCAUACAGAAAAAAAUAUAAUUAUUCUAAUAUUAUCAAUUUCAAAGUUGAAGGUUAAGUAGACAGUUGAUAAACUUUUAUUUUUGAAAAUUUGGACACUUAUAUUAUUUAGUGAUUAGAUAUUAUUUGUAAAUAAGUAGGAAUGACUAAUUUACUGGUAAUAACAUAUUUCCUAACAUAUUUCUCAAUGGUUUAGUUUACAGUAGAUCCUACGACCUGAUUAUACAUGUAUACAAAUAAGGUGACAAGAAAAUUAUUUCAGGAAACUGACUCACUAACCCGUUGAUCUCGUGUUCGAUCCCUGUAUUGGAGGAGAAAGUUCCUCAGGAUUUUCCAGCUUAAUUUCCCCUUUUCAGUGGUGUAAGAUGCAAGGACGAGAUACUGACAUCACUUUGUGUACUUACUGUCCUCAUAAAAGAACUCUUGACAAUUCGAAGUUGAUGAAAAGGCUGCUUUCCCGGCAUGAAAUAUACCUGUCUUCAUUAGCUAAGUUGGUGCAAAAACAUAGGACAUUUUAAAAACAUAUAUUCCACUUUCUUUUGUUGAUUUUUUUUUUUUUUUUUUUGGCCUUUUUAGUUAUAUUAAGUUCAACCAUGAGAAAUACUGGCAAUUAGCAAUCGGAAAACACAUUAACAGAACACAGAUUUUAUGGGAACAUUGUGCUUGAUAACGAUAAGAGGAUAUUUGUGGAAACCGCAUGCAUUUAGAAUAAAACUGGUGAUUGUUUCCCAUAAAAACUGUGUUCUGUUAAGAAAUAUUUGUGUUCUUGAGACCAGAAGAAGCCAGUAAUUCAUUAAAAACUGGGGUCUUGCUUCUGUAUAUAUUGAAGUGUAUUCUCAGUCUGAGAAGUGGAUAGCAUAUUCCGUGUAGAUAAGUAAAAUUCAGCCAACGGCCACUGUCGCCGACAGUCCGAUUUCUCGUCGCAGAUGAAAAUAUCUUUUGUGUGGGUCGAUAUUAUAUUGGUUACAAAAUGAUGUACAUAAUAAAGGUGUAACAGAUUC